AAAAUGUUUUAAAGGUUAAUGCCAAGGUAAAAACAAUUUGUUUCGAUAAAAACAAACCACAAAAUAAUGAAUUAACAAUGUUGGUAAUGAAAUAAACCUGUUUGGUUGUUGUUUGCUGCUAUACAAACUGGUAACACAGAUAGUGUAACAAAGUGGCUAAUAAAUGCAUUGAAAGGAAAAUGCAAAAUUUCAACAGGCAUUGAAAACUAUUACAAGCAACACAACUACUAGAAAUAUACUGGAUCAGUUGUCAAUUAACUAACGCUCAGCUGUCAAUAGGCAUUUUACUCGGCGUCAUCGCUUUUAAUCUUCAAAGCAAUUUUGUAUAAGUGCUGCAAUUGCUUAUCGGUCGAAAAUAUUAAAACUGCGAUAAGAGCAAAUAGUACGUUACGAAUAGCGUAUAUGCUGCAAAAGUCAAACAACGUAUGAUUUAAUUUAGUUAUAAUCGUGCCGUGGGUAUUGACAGUCCCAUAACUAAAAUUAGGAUCAAAUUAUCGGAAUUAUCGGAAACACACGUAACUCCCAAGUGUGAAAAUGAGACCAUUUUCUGGUGGUGAUUGCACAAAAUUAGUUACUUGCGGGAUUAAUCGCUUGUUUGUCAACCGCGAACCAUGGCAAGUUGCCACUAUUACAGCAACCACAGUGCUUAGUACGAUAUGGUUUUGGAAUUUCAUUAAUCAAGAUGAAAGCGUCUGGACACGCACCAAACGGCGAUUUUUUCAUUUAGCAAAGAAAAUACCUGCUGUUCAACGAAAAAUUGAAGAUGAAAUGGCUAGGGCUACAAAAGAUUUUGAAGGAGAAAUGAUCAAAAGCUGUGGGGACUUAAGUUACGCUCUCGAGCUGCCAGAGAAGGGCUUAAAUAAACAACAAAUUCUUCAACUUGUUGACGAACAUUUAAAAAUAAGUCGUUAUGAUUGGCGUGAUGGACGUGUGUCUGGUGCUGUUUAUGGUUUCAAAGAAGAAUUGGUGGAAAUAAUAACACAAGUAUAUGGUAAAGCUUCAUAUACAAACCCACUGCAUCCCGAUAUUUUUCCUGGUGUAUGUAAAAUGGAGGCUGAAGUAGUACGCAUGGCUUGUGCACUUUUUCAUGGAAACAAAGAUUCUUGUGGUACUAUGACAACCGGUGGAACAGAAUCCAUCAUAUUGGCAUGUAAAGCUUACCGUGAUUUUGCACGUGAGAACAAAGGAAUCACAAAACCAAAUAUGGUUGUACCAAAAACAGCACAUGCUGCAUUCGAUAAAGCGGCACAGUACUUCAAUAUACACAUUAAUUAUGUUAACGUUAAUCCGGAGACUACUGAGGUUGAUCUGAAAGCAAUGAAACGUGCCAUUAAUUGUAAUACAAUUUUGCUUGUUGGUUCUGCACCCAAUUUCCCUUAUGGCACCAUGGAUGAUAUUGAUCAAAUAGCAGCUUUAGGUUUGAAGUACAACAUUCCUGUACAUGUCGACGCUUGUCUUGGUAGUUUUGUGGUUGCCUUAACAAAAGAAGCUGGUUAUGCCAUCAAACCCUUUGACUUUUCUGUUAAAGGCGUUACAAGCAUAUCCGCCGAUACUCAUAAGUAUGGUUUUGCACCAAAAGGAUCUUCAAUUAUUUUAUAUGCUGACAAAAAAUACCGCGAUCAUCAGUUUACUGUUACUACUGAUUGGCCUGGUGGUGUUUAUGGUUCACCUACCAUUAACGGCUCACGGGCUGGUGGUAUUAUUGCGGCUUGCUGGGCAACAAUGAUGAACUUUGGACAUGAUGGUUAUUUAGAGGCUACAAAACGAAUUGUAGAUACCUCACGAUAUGUAGAGCGAAAAAUUCGUGAAAUUGAUAGUAUCUUUGUAUUUGGCAAACCAGCAACAUCAGUCAUAGCAAUCGGUUCAAAAGUUUUCGAUAUUUACCGACUUUCGGAUGCACUUACUCAAUUAGGCUGGAAUUUAAAUACAUUACAAUUUCCCUCGGGCAUACAUAUUUGCAUAACAGAUAUGCAUACGAACGCAGGCGUUGCCGAUAGAUUCCUUAAUGACUUACGCUCAUCUGUUGCUGAAAUAAUGAAAAAUCCCGGAAAACCAGUUGAAGGAAAAAUGGCUAUAUAUGGUGUAGCUCAAACUAUACCUGAUCGUUCUGUUGUUGGAGAUGUAACACGUUGUUUCUUAAAUAGCAUGUACUACACCCCACCAAAAAAGUAAAGGCAUUUCCAUAAAGUUUUAACGGUUUAAGAUUUUUUUUAAAUAGUGUACUGCUCUUUGGAUUUACACUUCACACUUUUUAAGUAAUAUUAUUUAUGUAAAGUUGUUAUUGUUGCAUUUAGUAAUCAACAUUGUCAAAUUAAAUUUCUUUUUGUAUGUACUCUUAUUACAAAUUUUUU